AUGUCCUCCAUUCAAUCUACCGACUCGGCCGGUCCGAUCGCUAUCGCCCCAAUCAUCUUCAACAACUUCGCUCUAACACUCAGCAUCUCCGAACACAAAGUCAUGAUACUGUACAACGCCCUUCUCCUCACUCUGGCUUACCUCACCGCCCUCUUCGGCUCCAAUUUCAUCUUCCAACAACUCCAUUCCCUCUGCCGCCUCAGACAGCCCGGCGAGGGAGACAUCCAAUACGGCGCACGUAAACCCAUGACAUCCCUCCAGCAACCUCCCUCUCAUUGGAACUAUUCGAGAAGGCUUGCGGGGAUGUACAUCCUCAUCACGAUGCUCGUCAGUGUCCCGGUAUGUAAAGCAUCCCAGAUGGGAUUCGAGGCAUUCUUGCUUCGGAGUCUGCAAGUUCGGGCAUGUGUGAUGGGGAGUCCUCUGAUUUUAUUGAUGGUUUGGGAGGAGUUUCAGGUUUGGUAUGGGGAGUUUGUGGCUUGGGUUGUCAUGUGGUUGAGUGUUGAUGAGGUUCCGACGACGCCUGUUGUGUCUGGCGGGUUUGGAGUGGAAGAGGAGUAGGGGAGGUAAGUCGACGUAUGGGUAUCCGUUGGACGUCUAAGGUAGGAGGUUGCUCGCAUCGCUCUCUUUGGUGCUGUCGACGAUUUGUCGAUUUCCUGUCAUGGACAACGUGCGUUCAUAUCGUCUCUAUUCCACUCAUAAGCUCACAAGGGCUUGACAGCGAUCAAGUCAUGCGUUGCAGGUGGUGAUAGAAGCGGCAAAAGGUGAGGUGGAUUCAGGACAUGGGGGAAGAGUAAGGUAGUCUCAAUUGCCACAGACCCUGGUCACGCUAAGCCCGAUUAAAUGUUGGAAUGAUCACUCAAAUUGGGGACCCGAACGCGUCCGGCAACAACACCUUCACCUAACUUUCCUCUUCGUGUCUCUGCUCGUCGUUUGCGUGCGCCUACGUCAAUAUCUUCAACGUGCCUACGGACAUGUCAUCACAAGGACUGGUAGUCCGGACGGCAGACAGGUGUGGGUGGGACCGAGAAAAGAACAUCUCGUUUGAUCGGUCCCGGCUCAAGCUUUCCUGUCUCUCAUUAGAAGCCGAGUUCGAGACCGAUAUCGACCAGGAGUGUGAGCGAUACAACCGAUAUGCCGCUUUCCUGGAUCCAGAAGGCACGUUUGAGGUACCGAAGCAAUGCGCAGAAAAGGUGAAGAACGACUUGUCUGAGAUCGAGCACAUCAUGAGAGAUGCGAGUCGUGCUAUCGAAGAGAAAGUGCUUCAGUUGCAGAAGAAUACCAGUCAGUUUCUGCAGGAUGUUGCCGUGCACUCCGGGCCCAGGUGGUAUCGAAAUGUGGAAGAUCUGACUGGUAUGUACUUGAGUUACAUGUGCCAUGAAGAGCAGCUGACCAGAUCGCACAGCCGACGAGGACUCCCAUUUCGUUGAAAUCCUGAAUACCAUGGACUUUCCCGAUGUCCCCGACUUCUGCGCCUACCUUGAGGAGACACUGCCCCUGGCGGCUGCGAAGAGGAGACCAGACCACGAAUACUCUGGUAGAAGGUUCGUGGGCAAAGUGCACCUACUUCUUCAACGAGUCAUGCAAGGGUACGCAAACAACUACCCUCUGGCGUUAUCCCUCUUCGUGGUCGUGAAGUCCAAAGUGCUUCAAAGAUCGAAUCCUCGCGUGCUUCGAGCCUAUCCCACAGAAGAGAAGUAUGUCAACGAUACUAUAAAUUGGCUCUUGGAUCAACGAGACCUACACGGGUCGCCUGACGAGUAUUGGGAUUUCGCAACUCACUGGAGAGCCAUGCUGCACACAUGGAAACCCUCAAGCCCUCAUUUCAAUGGAGGGCUCGGCGCUUUGCUGGACCUUCUCGAACGUUUUCGACAGAAGGCCGAAAGCGAGAUUCGACAUCGGACUCUGAUUGCUGUCAAUGGACGUUUGCCGACUGAGCUUGCGGACUUGGUGUUUGAGUUCGCCAUGCUGGUCGAGGAGGUUCCUCUGGAGUGA